CUUCAACUAGGACUCACAGCGAAACUGUCAUUCGCAGACGGUGAGAGAUCGGUGUCCAACUUAAGUAAAGAAACAAAACCGGUCCUUAUAGUAAAAGAAAAACCGUAUUUCGUUGUAAAUUGCAUUAUUUUUCCAUACGAGCGCGAACCCGAGAAUUUUCUUACAUCGUAGACCGACAGUAGAUGUGAUUUCCUUUGUGAUCGACACUUGUUUUUUCUGUGUGAGUGCGGUUUUUUGUUGUUUCCCUAGUCAUGGCUGACGCGGAAACGAAAGAUCGUUUUGAUCCAGAACUGAAAUUUCUUUGCGUGGACAGGAAUCAUUACAAUGACCCGGCCACCCAGGCGGAAUGGACGCAGAAAAGGUUAGUUUGGGUGCCCCACGAAUCGCAGGGCUUCGUCGCGGCCAGCAUCAAAGGAGAACGGGGCGAUGAAGUCGAAGUGGAGCUCCAGGAGACCGGCAAGAGGACCAACGUGCCCAAGGACGACAUCCAAAAGAUGAAUCCGCCGAAAUUCGACAAGGUCGAGGACAUGGCCGAACUCACCUGUCUGAACGAAGCUUGCGUUCUGCACAACCUCAAAGACCGAUACUAUUCUGGUCUCAUUUACACCUACUCCGGCUUGUUCUGUGUGGUCGUGAAUCCGUACAGAAAGCUUCCCAUAUACACAGAUAAAAUCAUGGAGAGGUAUAAAGGAAUCAAGAGACAUGAAGUUCCUCCUCACGUGUUCGCCAUUACAGACACUGCCUAUCGAUCUAUGCUACAAGAACGAGAAGACCAGUCUAUUCUCUGUACGGGAGAAUCAGGUGCAGGUAAAACAGAGAACACAAAGAAGGUAAUCCAAUAUUUGGCCUACGUAGCGGCCUCUAAAUCACCCAAAGGAGCAGGAGCGCAGAAAGAUCUUAUCAGUCCUACAAGGGAAUUCUCGGGUGGCCUAGAGCAGCAAUUGCUUCAAGCGAAUCCAAUUUUAGAAGCCUUCGGUAACGCCAAAACUAUCAAGAAUGACAACUCUUCGCGUUUCGGAAAAUUCAUCAGGAUCAAUUUCGAUGCCUCUGGUUUCAUUGCUGGAGCCAACAUAGAAACCUACCUAUUAGAAAAAUCCCGUGCCAUUAGACAAGCGAAACAGGAGAGAACCUUCCAUAUUUUCUACCAACUUCUUUCAGGAGCUUCCGAUGCCCAGAGAAAGGAAUUUAUUUUGGAAGACCCACGAUCGUACGGCUUUCUCCGAGAAGACAAUCAUAUCGUUCCAGGAGUGGAUGAUUCACUCGAAUUCAAUGAAACUGUCAAGAGUAUGAAUAUCAUGGGAAUGACUAGCGAAGACUUCAGUGCCAUUUUCAGAGUCGUAUCAGCGGUGAUGUUAUUUAGCAAAAUGGAGUUCAAACAAGACCGCAGUUCUGAUCAAGCCACUCUUCCAGAUAACACUGUUGCUCAGAAGAUCGCCCAUUUGCUAGGAUUGUCUGUUACGGACAUGACCAGGGCAUUCUUGAAACCGAGAAUCAAAGUUGGCAGAGAUUUCGUCACCAAGAGCCAAACCAAAGAGCAAGUUGAGUUUGCUGUAGAAGCUGUUUCCAAGGCGUGUUACGAACGUAUGUUCAAGUGGUUGGUUACCCGCAUCAACAGAUCUCUAGGAAGAACAAAGAGGCAAGGAGCUAGCUUCAUCGGUAUUCUCGAUAUUGCAGGUUUUGAAAUUUUCGAACUCAAUUCUUUCGAACAAUUAUGCAUCAACUACACCAACGAGAAGCUCCAGCAACUUUUCAAUCACACUAUGUUCAUUUUAGAACAGGAAGAAUAUCAAAGAGAAGGCAUUGAAUGGAAAUUUAUUGAUUUUGGCUUAGAUUUACAACCUACCAUUGACUUGAUUGACAAACCAAUGGGUAUCAUGGCUCUGUUAGAUGAAGAAUGUUUAUUCCCUAAAGCUACCGACAAAACAUUUGUUGACAAGCUAGUUGCAUCUCAUUCUGCGCAUCCUAAAUUCAAAAAGAGUGACUUCCGUGGCGUUGCUGACUUUUCCAUAAUUCAUUACGCAGGAAAAGUAGAUUAUUGUGCCAAUCAAUGGCUGAUGAAGAACAUGGAUCCACAAAACGAAAAUGUGGUAUCUUUGUUACAAACGUCUCAAGAUCCAUUCGUUGUACACAUCUGGAAAGAUGCUGAGACCAUAGGAAGAGCUAAAGGAAUGUUUAGAACUGUUUCUUACUUAUACAAAGAACAACUGGCCAACUUGAUGGUUACCUUACGCAAUACUAACCCCAACUUUGUUCGGUGUAUUAUUCCAAACCACGAUAAGAAGGCUGGAAAAAUCGAUGCUCCAUUAGUUCUGGACCAAUUGAGAUGUAACGGUGUUUUGGAAGGAAUUCGUAUUUGCAGGCAAGGUUUUCCAAACAGAAUACCAUUCCAAGAAUUCAGGCAACGGUAUGAACUACUUACUCCAAAUGUUAUUAACAAAGGCUUCAUGGACGGUAAGAAGGCUUGCGAGGCUAUGAUUAAGUCACUCGAAUUAGACAAAAACCUAUAUAGAGUAGGACAGUCGAAAAUAUUCUUCAGAGCUGGAGUCCUAGCUCAUCUCGAAGAAGAAAGAGAUUACAAAAUCACCGAUCUUAUCGUUAACUUCCAAGCUUUCUGUAGAGGUUUCUUGUCUAGAAGAAACUACCAAAAGAGGGUACAACAACUUAAUGCUAUUCGCAUCAUUCAAAGAAACUGUUCUGCUUACUUAAAACUUAGAAACUGGCAGUGGUGGAGACUAUACACGAAAGUUAAACCUCUUCUUGAGGUCACUAAACAGGAAGAAAAACUCAUGCAAAAAGAAGACGAACUUAAACAGGUCAAAGAUAAAUUAGAACAUCAUGCUAAAACAGCACAGGAAUUCGAGAAGAAGUAUCAGCAAGCCCAAGAAGAAAAGGUCAUUCUUCAAGAACAGCUCCAAGCUGAAGUUGAGCUGUGUGCCGAAGCCGAAGAAAUGAGGGCAAGAUUAACAGCCCGCAAACAAGAAUUAGAAGAAAUUUUACACGAUCUUGAAGCUCGAAUUGAAGAAGAAGAAGAGCGAGCUACUAGUUUGAAUAAUGAUAAAAAGAAAUUACAGCUGACUAUUCAAGACUUGGAAGAACAGCUAGAAGAAGAAGAAGCUGCCAGACAGAAGAUACAGUUGGAAAAAGUUCAAUGUGAUAACAAAUUAAAGAAAUUAGAAGAGGAUUUGGCUCUGAGCGACGAUACAAAUCAAAAAUUAAUAAAGGAAAAGAAAGUAUUAGAAGAAAGGAGCAAUGAUUUAAGCCAGGCAUUGGCCGAGGAAGAAGAGAAAGCUAAACAUCUGUCCAAACUUAAAGCUAAACACGAGUCUACAAUUGCUGAACUAGAAGAAAGGUUAUUAAAAGAUCACCAACAAAGACAAGAAACUGAUAGAUCAAAAAGAAAAGUAGAAACAGAAGUGAAUGAUUUGAAGGAGCAAGUCAACGAAAAACGUCUACAAAUUGAAGAACUCCAACUACAAUUGGGCAAAAGAGAGGAAGAAUUGGCUCAAGCGAUGGUUAAAGUUGACGAAGAAAGUGCUCAAAAAGCUGUAUCACAAAAAGCUUUACGAGAACUAGAAAGUCAACUUACCGAGCUACAGGAAGACUUAGAGGCUGAAAAAGCAGCCAGAAGCAAAGCUGAAAAAUUGAAACGUGAUUUGAAUGAAGAAUUAGAAGCACUGAAAAACGAACUUUUGGAUUCUUUAGAUACAACGGCUGCUCAACAAGAGCUCAGAUCGAAGAGAGAACAAGAAUUGGCAGGACUGAAGAAGACUUUGGAAGAAGAGGCUCAACAGCACGAAGUAUCUGUAACUGAUAUGCGUCACAAGCAUUCACAAGAGCUGGGUAGCUUAAAUGAACAGUUAGAGAACCUGAAGAAACUAAAAGCCAACUUGGAGAAGACCAAACAGAGCCUUGAAGCCGAAAAUGCAGAUCUUACAAGCGAGCUGAGAAAUGUUGGAGCGAGCAGACAAGAAGGUGAAAGACGUCGUAAACAAGCUGAGGGUCAAUUAGCGGAACUUUCCGCAAAACUAACAGAAGUAGAAAGAUCUAAGGUCGAAUUACAAGAGAAGACAAUCAAAUUACAGCAAGAAUUAGAAAACGUCGCCCAACAACUUGAAGGAGCUGAGUUAAAGGCAUCUGCUGCUGUUAAGAGUCAAACAACGAUAGAAUCACAAUUCAGUGAAGCACAGGCUGCUCUUGAGGAAGAAACCAAGCAAAAACUGGCUCUAAGUUCUAAACUGCGACAACUAGAGUCAGAAAAAGAAGCUCUUCAAGAACAGAUGGAGGAAGAAGAGGAGGCUAAGAGAAACAUAGAAAAACAGGUUGCUGUAUUGAGUGUUCAACUGGCCGAAGCCAAGAAAAAGGCAGAAGACGAAGCCGAACAGGCCGCCAUACUCGAAGAAAGCAAGAAGAAAUUGGCCAAAGACCUUGAAGCUCUCCAGAGUAAAGUCGAAGAGUUGACAACAAUAAACGAUAAACUGGAAAGAAGUAAAAAGAAGAUUGCUGCUGAAUUAGAAGACGCCAAUAUCGAUCUAGAAACUCAAAGACAGAAAGUAUCUGAAUUAGAAAAGAAACAGAAAAAUUUCGAUAAAGUGUUGGCAGAAGAGAAAGCUGUUAGUGAACAAUUGGCUACAGAAAAGGACAUUGUUGAAAGAGAAGCACGAGACAAGGAAACCUUAGUACUCUCCUUGAAACGGGAACUGGACGACUCUAACGUUAAAAUCGAAGAGCUAGAAAGAAUUCGCAGACAGCUACAAGGCGAACUCGAUGAACUUGUCAACAACCAAGGAACGGCUGACAAAAAUGUACAUGAAUUGGAAAAGGCCAAGAGAUCGCUCGAAAGUCAAUUGGCCGAACUUAAAGCUCAGAAUGAAGAGCUUGAAGAUGAACUACAGUUGACUGAAGACGCCAAACUUCGAUUAGAGGUCAACAUGCAGGCACUUAGAGCACAGUUCGAACGAGACAUACAAGCUAAAGAAGAGCAGGCUGAAGAAAAACGCCGGGGCAUUGUCAAACAGCUCAGAGACCUUGAAGCCGAACUAGACGAAGAGAGAAAACAAAGAACAGCAGCUGUUAGUUCAAGAAAGAAGCUCGAGGGCGAUAUUAAAGAGUUAGAGGGACAGAUCGAACUUCACUGUAAGGUAAAGGAAGAUGCUCUCAAGCAAUUGAAGAAGUCACAACAACAGUGCAAAGAAGCUAUCAGGGAUGCCGAAGAAUGCAGAGCUGCCAGAGAUGAGUAUGCAGCGGCAAGUAAAGAGGCUGAAAGGAAAGUCAAGACUUUGGAAGCGGAAGUACUUCAAUUAACGGACGAUCUCACGAAUUCCGAUAAACUCAGAAGGGCAGCCGAGGCCGAGAGGGACGAAUUACUGGAAGAAAUUAGCAAUAGCAAUAAUAAGGGUACACUACUUAUCGAUGAAAAACGCAGAUUAGAAGCAAGAAUAGCAACGUUAGAGGAAGAACUCGAAGAGGAACAAAGUACUAACGAAAUUCUACAAGAUAGAACUAGGAAAGCUCAAUUGAAUAUUGAACAGUUAACUGCUGAACUUACUAGUGAAAGAUCAACGGCGCAAAAACAGGAAUCCCAAAGAGUUUUACUCGAGAGGCAGAACAAGGAGCUCAAGGCUAAACUGGCCGAACUCGAAACGGCUCAACGAACCAAGACUAAGGCAACCAUUGCUGCGUUGGAGAGUAAAAUUGCCAAUCUUGAAGAACAACUUGAGGUUGAAGCGAAAGAGCGCCUGGCCCAACAAAAAACCAAUAGAAAACUGGACAAGAAAACAAAGGAAUUGGUUAUGCAGCUGGAAGACGAACGACGACAUGCAGACCAAUACAAAGAGCAGGUAGAAAAGGGCAACGCCCGAGUCAAGGCAUUAAAGCGGCAGUUAGACGAAGCCGAAGAAGAAGUUACGAGAGAAAAAGCACAGAAACGAAAGGCGCAAAGGGAAUGCGAAGAUAUGCUUGAGUCACACGAGUCUAUGACCAGGGAAAUUAAUAACCUUAAGAGCAAACUGAGAAAAUCGAGGUGCGAGGGUUUUUCACACCCCUGCUACGAAUGGCGAGGCACUAUGGGCAUUUCAUCGUCACGACUGAGCUCCACGAAACGGGGCUCCAUCCAGACCAGUGGAAACGGUUCCGGUGACGAUUCCACCACGCAGGACGAGGCCAUGGAUGGGGAUGAUGCCCCCAACUAAAUUAUUUAUAUUAAAAUAUUGCCCAUUUAAUUUUUAUCCAUUAAUAACAACAGAUAAUUAGAUAGGAGUGGAAAUAAACAUUUCGAUGAGUAUUAAGGUUAGAGUGACAAAAUGCUGAGGUACACGUCAUAUGUCAUACUUCGUGUACAUAUACUUCUUACCAAACUAGUAUUGUUCUUUAUUAAGACCAAUAAUAUAGAAUUAUUACACUCUAUGCAAUUUUCAGAUUGUAUUGUAUAAGACCAAAGCAGUUUUCUGAUUUAAAUGCUUGCAAUAAUUGCUUUUCUUUCGUAAAAUGACCCAUACAUUUAUGUAUACUGUAAAUUCUUUAUUUCUGGAUGCUUUUGUGACACUAAUAAUGUAACAUAUUACUGCCGUGUGAAUUUUCAAUCCAUAUGGAGCAUAAUUGCAGAGAAACCAUUCACUUAUAUGUGCAUUCUUACCUUAACACUACUCUCAACACAUAUUUGGCCAAAAAAUUUUCAUUUCUAUCUAAAAUCGACGUAUUAUAAAAUAUCAUUCACCUAGCGAAAAAGUUUGCUUCUUUGUAAAUACAUUUAUGUUUUUCUAGUACUUAGCAAGAUAUUUAUAAACUUUCAGUUGGAUCAAGACGUAUUUUCAGUUGAUAGUAUCUUAAAGCUGGUAAAAAAAUUAUUAUCUGGCUAAAAACUUGUUCUAAAACGUAAUUUUUUCGUACUUAAAAAGAAUUUACUUCAAAGGUUUGAUGUACAUAUGUAGUACAUAUAUCAAAAAUAGGUAUACUGAUAGUGGGUGUGUUAUAUAUCCUUGAGGAUACUUCUAUUUAUAGUUCUGAUGAUUAAUAGCUUGUUUGAUUGGUGAAAAAUGAAAUUUAAUGCUAAUUUACAAGUUUCUACUAUAAUACUAAAACAUCGUAACUAUUGCAGAAUAUAAUUAUACUACAAUCACAAUAAAGAUACACUAGAAAUAACCAAACCACGUUGAAUGUUCGAGGAGCACUCCCAAAUCAUAAUUUAUAAUGUAUAUACAUACAUUGUAAAUCCCAAAUCAUGAUUUAUAAUGUAUAUACAUUGUAAAUCAUGAUUCGGGAGUGCUCCUCGUAACAUUCAACGUGUUUUGGUUUGUUUAUUUCUAGUGUAUCUUUAUUGUGAUUUUAGUAUAACUAUUGGUUUAUUCGGUAUUACCAUGAUUCGAUUAUAUUUCUUUCGGAUUGUUGGCAUUUAGGAAACGUAAGAAUAUUCUGAUUACUUUUUUCAUGUUUCGUCAUCCUAAUUAUUUAUUCCCCUUUAUUCGCCAAUUAUUUUAUGUAAUUAUAUAUUCUAGUUACUGUAAUCAGUUACAGUUUUUAUUUACUGAAGUCUUGAUAAACCUUCGAUAAAACGUGGAUUAUAAUUGCUUCCCAGCAUCAAGCCAGUCGUGAAAUAAAGCCAUCUUGAUCCAACUUUACUUACAGAAAAUUGGCCAGAAGCAUUUAUUUACUAUAAGGGGCCUACCAUUUAAUGGAUUUAUUGGUAAAGCUGGUUCUUUCAAUCUAAAACGAAUGGGCUAGCGUACAUUAUUUUUUUACAUAUUGAAUUUUUAUGUUUUAAGAUUUUUAUUUAUAUAAACUUCAUCUUGAUACUUAUUUUGAUUUAAUUAUCUACGUACUUUUUAGUCUGAUGACGAGUAUUUUUCUUAAUUGGGUAAAGUUAUCUUUAUCGCGUACCAAUACCAAUUAUUCUUUUAAUAUAUUUCAUCUUUACAUACUUCGAAAGUAUAGUCAAUGCUAAUGUAAUAAUAUAUAAUGAAAAAUAGUAUAGACAUUAACAUUUUGAUACACAAGUAUAUUUGUAGAGUAUAUAUUUUGUAAAGACAUCUAUAUUUUAGUCGAAACAUGAUUUUGAUAUGCAUGUUUUUGUAUAAACAACUUCUUGCAUUUUGUAAAUAUCUUUAAGCGUAAUUAUGGGGGUUCAGGGCUCAUUUUCAUUAUUCUUUGAUGAGUUGAAUAAAACUAUAUCUACAUCAUCA